CUUUGUUCUCUCUCUUAUAUAUAGGGUCCUACGAAAUCAAAUCAAAUCAAAGCCAAAGACUUCACUUCUAUACAGAAUGGGCAUCCAUUUCAGAUGGAUAUUGGUUUUUCUUGUGGAAAUAGCAAUUUUCUCCUCAAGUGGGGAGGCUCAAGGUCUGGUGCCAGCAAUUUUCACAUUUGGAGACUCAGCAGUAGAUGUGGGGAACAAUGACUAUAUCCACACCAUUUUCAAGGCUAAUUACCCACCUUAUGGAAGAGACUUCAUCAACCACAAACCAACUGGAAGGUUCUGUAAUGGGAAACUUGCCACUGAUAUCACUGCUGAUACAUUGGGCUUUACAACAUACCCACCAGCGUAUCUUAGCCCACAGGCCUCAGGGAAAAACCUGCUUAUUGGAGCCAAUUUUGCUUCUGCUGCAUCUGGCUAUGAUGACAAAACAGCCAUCAUGAGCCAUGCAAUUCCCUUGACACAACAGUUGCAAUUUUACAAGGAGUACCAAGCGAAGCUAGCGAAGGUGGCAGGGAAUCAAAAGGCGGCAUCAAUCAUAAAGGAUGGAUUAUACUUAGUGAGCUUUGGCAGCAGUGAUUUUGUGCAGAAUUACUAUGUCAACCCUUUUCUCAACAAGCUCUACACUCCCGAUCAGUAUUCCUCCUACCUGGUUGCCAUUUUUUCAAGCUUUGUCAAGGAUUUGUACAAAUUGGGAGCCAGAAGAAUUGGAGUUACUUCACUCCCACCACUGGGUUGCCUACCAGCAACCAUAACUCUGUUUGGAUUCCAUGAAAGUGGGUGUGUCUCAAGAAUCAACACUGAUGCUCAAGGGUUCAACAAGAAGAUCACCUCUGCCGCAACCAAUCUCCCAAAGCAACUGCCCGGGCUGAAAAUUGUGGUCUUCGACAUUUUCAAAUCCCUCUACGACCUCGUUCAGGCUCCUUCAAAUCACGGGUUUGCGGAAGCAAGGAGAGGCUGUUGCGGUACAGGGACGGUGGAGACGACAUCGUUGUUGUGCAAUCCCAAGUCGAUAGGAACAUGUAGAAAUGCUACUCAAUACGUGUUUUGGGACGCCGUUCACCCUUCCGAAGCUGCUAACCAGGUUCUUGCCGAUGCCUUGAUCGUCCAAGGAAUCGACCUCAUCGGAUGAAAGCACGAAGUUACAGUUUUUUCACAUUCACAACGUCUGUACUCUACUAUUACGUACACUAAUGUUGUGUACUCAAGACUCCAAUUAUCUAUAUAACUACUUGUUUUA